UCAGCAUUAACAACAGGUUGGUGACUCUGCAAGACAAUAACCUUCAAACAAAUUCCGCGAAACGCCCAACGCACCUUUCAUUCAAACCAAAUUUCAGAUCCGACUCCUUCAAAUUCAGAUCUGUUUCGUUCCUUUUCGAUCAUCCCCAGCUUCUGUCAAAGUAAUGAUCUUUUUAUUCAGCUUCACGCUUGGUGACUAUGAGCUGAUUUGGGCCGAUUAAAAAUGGCAGUGCAGAACAAACCUUGAAUGUGUAUUUACCUAUUCUUGUGUUGCAAAGGAAAUUUUUCAUCGAUUUCUCUUAUUAUCUUUAAGUGCUACAGCAGCUUUGGGGCUUACCGUGAUAAUAGGCAGUUGAGGGGUAAAGUUCUUGUCUUUAGUUUAAUCCAAGCCAUACUAUAGAGUGGGAGAGCUCUGGAGCUGGUUCUUUUUUUGAACCGAAAUAAAUAGAGCCUACUUUUAUUUUCUCUGUAUCAGUGGGUUCGCACGCGAAGGUUUGAUCACAGAGGCAGGUUCUGUGCCUGAACAGCAGUCCAUGCACUAGCUGUGUUAUGCACUGAAGUGUACUUAUGUUGUUGGAUUUGGUAAAACGUGAUGAUAUUAAACAUAAGUUGGAUGGAAGAAUACUUACAUGGAUAAUAGGAGAUGGUACAGAGUGAAUUGGGUUCAGAGAAUGGUGUCACAGGGGUUGAUGAUGUUGGCCUUGAAAGCCUAGGUCUGGGCAUUCGUAGAGAACUUUCCUUUUCACGCUGGUGUGAUGAUGAUGAUGGUGAUGGAAGCAUCCAUUUGGAUCGGGAAUUAGGUAAUGUAGAUGUUAGUUUAGCUGAGGGCUAUGAUUUUGAGUUACCCAUUCCUCAAAAGAAUGAGCUGCAGAGCAAAGCUUUAGACAGAGAGAGAUUCUUUCACCAAAAGUUUCAGCAGAGGAGUAUGCAAACAAACGGUAUUGGUACCAUGGAUGAUGAUUUUGUUCACCGGAGAGGUAAUGGACCCGAGAAAUAUGUAUCUUUUGACAUUGAGGACAAGUCUGAAGGAGGAACAAAUGGAGUUGAUUCCUACAUUUCUGGGGAUGUUGAUGAAUCAUUGGAUAAAAGCUCCCAGAAUCCUAUUAAUUUAGCAAAUAUAUUGAAGACAUUGUUUUUGAUACUUAUGUGGUACACUUUCAGUCUCUUUUUGACAGUGUAUAAUAAAAGUCUAUUGGGAGAUCAUAUGGGAAAGUUCCCAGCUCCUUUUCUAAUGAAUACUAUCCACUUCACAAUGCAAGCUGCUUUCUCAAGAUUUAUCACCUGGUUUUGGUCUCAUAGGUUUGAGACUAAAGUUGUCGUUUCUUGGAGGGAUUACUUUUUGAGAGUUGUACCAACUGCUUUUGGAACUGCAAUGGAUAUUAACUUGAGCAAUGCAUCUCUAGUUUUCAUCUCUGUCACGUUUGCUACAAUGUGUAAAUCUGCUGCUCCAAUUUUUCUCCUUCUGUUUGCUUUUGCUUUCAGGUUGGAGACACCAAGCUUUAGACUCUCAGGCAUCAUCUUAAUCAUCUCUUUUGGCAUCUUAUUAACAGUUUCAAAAGAGACUGAGUUUGACUUCUGGGGGUUUGUUCUUGUUAUGCUUGCUGCUGUUAUGUCUGGGUUUCGUUGGUGUAUGACUCAGAUCCUUUUGCAGAAAGAAGCAUACGGUCUGAAAAAUCCAAUUACCCUGAUGAGCUAUGUAACUCCAGUAAUGGCAGUGGCAACUGCCCUUCUUUCCCUUGCUUUAGAUCCAUGGGAUGAAUUCCGAGAAAAUCAGUACUUUGAUAAUUCAGUGCAUAUUACUCGAAGUUGCUUGCUGAUGCUUCUUGGUGGUUCAAUUGCCUUUCUUAUGGUACUAACAGAAUAUGUUCUGAUCUCAGUAACUAGUGCUGUUACAGUGACAAUAGCUGGGGUUGUUAAGGAGGCAGUCACCAUAUUGGUUGCAGUGUUAUACUUCCACGAUCGAUUCACUUGGUUGAAAGCAUAUGGUCUAUUAAUUAUUUUGGUUGGUGUCAGUUUGUUUAAUUGGUACAAAUACCUUAAGCUUCGGAAGGGCCAUGCUGGUGGCAGUGACAUGGCAGAACCUUCAAUAGAUUCUGCAGCCAAAUAUGUUAUUCUUGAGGAGAUGGACGAACAAGAAGAUAUUAUCUGAAACCAUUAACCAGCAAACAUUUCAAAGCCAAACAAUGUUCUCUAGAGACCAAAGGGCACAUAAUCUUCCAGCGACUUGCCAGUUGUUUUGCCACAUUUCAUCAAGAGACGCAUGUUUAUGUUCCCUUUUGGAAUUGUGGUGUCCGAGUUUCUUUUGAAGUUUCAUUGAGUGAACAAUUCUUGGGAUAUAAUGCUUGGUGUAAAAAUAUGUACUCAAUCAGUGAAGAGAUUUUGACACUGCUUGGUGUCAAAGUUCUUUUGAAGUUUGUAAGCCAACAACUUUUUGGGAUAUAAUGCCUUUCUACGAUCAACAUCACUUAUUCUGUAAAAAUACGUACGCAAUCUGUUGAGAGAUUUAGACAUAUGUUGGCAGAACACGACAGAUUGUGAUUGAUCAAAUUUUAUCAUUUUUUCUUUCUAGUAUGAAAUUGUAUUUUGAUCAUAUUACCAUAAUUUUUGUUGUAUAUACUAAAUCCAGUUCAUUAUUUCUUAUCAACACAAA